GAAAAAGGCCUUGACAUGCGCAGUACAUCCUACUAACAAAAACAACAAAAACGUACAAAAACAUUAACUUUUCAGACAGAUGCAAGGAUUAUGGGUCAAUAUGGAUGGUCUGGGGUCUUACUGCUGAGCCUGGUAGCUGUAUUCUACACAGAAGCUGCAGUUCUCUCCACCCCAGCAUCCAAUGAUACUGAAGAAGUAAAAAAUUGUGAACCACCAAAAAGCUUUGACAACGGCCAAUAUAUAGAGAGUGUUGGUAGCCCUUACAAGAUAGAAUACACCUGUCACCUGGGCUUUAUACUGGUGGGACCAACGGUUCAGAUAUGUGGCGAGGAUGGCGGGUGGAAUCCCCCGGGCCUGCCCGUUUGUGUAGAUGCAUUAUCGAUGUCUGAAAGGAAGGCAAAUGAAAAUGGCGGAAUUAUACAGAAAUUUGAUUCAGUGAAGUGUGACAGGCCCUACCUCCGUCAGGGACACCUGGAAUAUAUGGCUGGUUCGGAGUUCCUGGUGGGAGACAUGAUAACUGUGAAGUGUAGCGAUAACCACGCCCUACGGGUGAGCGACACAAUCAUCCAGGAGCUGCAGCUUGUGUGUGGUCAGGAUGGUAGCUGGAUCACUAUCGAUGGAUUCAAGGUGAAACCCGACUGCUCCAUCACUCUGUGUGGACCUCCGCCAGAGGUGCCUUACAGUCAUAUAGAUCUGAGUGAGCUCUCUCCCACCCUCAUGGAUGGGGAGGUUGCGUUCUACACGUGUAUUGAGGGCUACAUGCUGGUCGACCCCAGCACCAACAACCUCACAUGUCGUAACGGAGAGUGGACUGGCAGUUUGCCGGCUUGUCUGGUCAUACAGAAGUGUGGUCUCCCCAGGGACGUCCCCAACGGUCACUACUCAAACCCUGAAACAGCGCCGAAAAGCAGGAAUGAGUUCAGCAUAGGUUCCCACGUGAAGUAUUACUGCUACCCGGGCUACAAGUUGAUAGGGGACGCCACUCUGUUUUGUGAGCAGAAUUCCAAAUGGUCGCAUAACCCACCACAGUGCAUUCCGAAAGAUGGUUUGUAUACAAAUGAGUCAGCACAUUACUGCCCAACAGUCACCACUGUAAGUAACGGUCGGUGUUAUUGUGAGUCGAAAUCAAACCUGCAGUUUUGCGAGCCGUUCUACCAGGGCCUGCACAUAGAGUGUGUGUGUGACCACGGAUUCAGCAUGCUGGGACAGUCCAUUGUCACGUGCAGCGCUAAUGGGCAUUGGGACUAUGAAAUGCCCAGCUGUAUCAGGGAACCAGAAAUAGACGGGGACCAAGGCAUGAAUUCAUCCGGAUCCACAUACCACAUGAGCACCUUGGCAGUCGUCCUAGCCACCGCGUGCAGUGUUCUUGGUGUCCUUGUGCUUGUCAUGGUCAUUAUGGUUUUCCGUCGUCGCAAACCCCACCCACCUCGGUUAUGUCGCACGUCAGCUGUGCCGCCCCCUUACUCCCGCGUUCGUAGCGCUCCUCUCGAUGAACAUGAUCGUAUGUUGCUAAUCGGGUAUGAUAAUGCUCAAGCUGCUUUACCGUCAUACGAAGAGGCAACGAGAAGAGAAAAUAACCGAAAUAAUAGAGGUCAAGGUCAUCAUCAUAGUGUCGGAAAUGACGAUCUGGGUCAGGUCGGGGAAUAUCGACCUUUACCAAGCAUUCCUAAUACUUUCCGAUCAACUCAGUUACCCCAUGGGGAGGGGACAAGUAGACAUUCGAUAUUAACUACGAGUACAAUGAAUAGGGAUGGCAUAUCAGAUCGGGAAGUGUUCGGGUCUAUUGAUACGGUGAAUGUGAGCAUGAGUGAUGCUAGUACGGCUGUUACCGUGGAGACAAUGGAUAGCACAGGAUCACACCAUUCCAAUAUGUCGCGCAGGGCCAACGCUGGCAGCAUAAACUCAUCAAACGGCAGUCUCGUCACUGAAGAUGUUCCUCUGUUGGACAGUGCGCGGCGAGAUAGUGAAAUAGACUCUGUAUCGAACCAGGAGGACGUGUCCGACAAACCAGAGUCAUGAACGAGACUCCAGGCACCUGUGUUGGUGUGGCAUUAAGGAAAACUUGUAUUGGCUGAUAAGCCAUGGUACAGAAUGUUACUAAGGCCUCAAAGAAUUUUAACCAAAUUUUUCAGUGCUAUUUAUUUGUGACAUCAUGUCUAAGAAUUAUAAAACUAGUUUUAUAUAAAAAUGUAUAAUGACGUUAUUUCGUGAUGGUGAUGUCAAUUUCAAUAUAAACUAGAUUAUUAUUCAGUUAGUUUUAGGUGGCACUAAUGUAUUUUUAGCUUGAUUAUUCAAUGAAUAAUGAGAGCUAUUCUACUCACAAUAGAGUUGGUGUCAGCGUUACACCUUAAGGUUUUGCAUGUAAGCACUUUUAAGUCAUCUCACAGUCAUCGAAAUUAGACUUUUGAACAAGCCUGAAUGCUUAUACUAAUGCUUGGCAUCAAAUUUUGUAACAAGCCCUGCUAUAUAAAAUUCAGAAUUUGAGCAAGCCCGAAAGACAUUUUACCAGUGCAGGGCUUGCGGGCUUGUGCUAAUUUCGACCACUGAUCUCAGCAAAAACAUCAUGUAUUGCAUUGAAAAUUAAGAUAUAUGUAUUCCAAACUAUCGAAAUUACUUCAUUUUUAAAUUCUGGAUUUUGCAUUUAAGCAGACAUAGAUUUAUAUCUCAGCAACUACUUGAUGUAUUGCAUUGAAACUUGAUACAACGGUACUCAACAACCCAACUUACUCGAAUAAUCAAGUUAUAUUACUGCCAAAAGUGGCAGAAUAGUCAAGCGUGCUGCUCUGUGACAGCUCUUGGUUUUAUAAUAACUUAUAAUGCACCAAAGGGCACAAGAUCAUAGUUAUCAAUUUCAGUCACAUUUUAGAAUAGACCUUGUAAAUCUCUUCUUGCACCAUUAUAAAUUUUGGAGAAAUUGAUAUUCUAGGGACAUACUUUGAGUCUAAAAUGAUAAACUCUCCUAUACAUUAUGUAACGCCAUCUCAUGUUUUAUUAAGCAAGCAUUAUAAGUCAGUUGAAUAAAGCUUCAUUUGUUUUUUAUAUAGAUCAGGUCUAUUUUUUAGUCAUUUUAGCAUUUUUUAACAAUUUGUAGACUGUUGAUUGUGUUUUUAUAAAUUCUGCUUUAACUUAAUGGCAUAAUAGUUAAAACAGCUGAGCACGUAAUCAGCGAUAAAAUUUAUGUUUGCCUAAAUUGAAUUACAUGAAAAUUAAAAAAAAAUGUAAGACCUUUAUGUGAGUGGAACUUUGGUAAGCAAUCCAUCUUUAGGAUGCAUAUAAUGUUUGUGCAUUAAUAUAAGUCAUCCAUUAUUCGGAUGCAAAGAUUAGUAAGUGCAUUAAGGUAAGCCAUCCAUUAUAAAGAUGCAAAGAUGUGUUGGUGAUAUUUUAGAUAUUAACAUCAGAGAUUAUUUCUAUGUUUGAUUUAUAUUGAUUAACCAUUAUAUUAAUUUUGCAUUGAUUACAUUUAUGAAUACAACCAUAAUGACGCUACUAUAAUGACAUGAUAUAGUAAAGGGAGGUAAGAAAACAAAACUUGACUAUGAUUAUAUAGAAAUUUAUUAAUUUUUAUCUUAAAUAACAUAAUAUUUUCAAAAUCCCUCUGUGAACACUUUAAAAAUAUCUUCACUUUAUAUUUUGUACCUUUAAAAUGAAAUUUUACAAGUAGUAUUUUUGUACUUAUGAAGGCUGGCUUACCUUAAAAUGAAAGAGUGUUUUUAUACAGAAGUUGAAAAAUGAUUGUGUGACUUAAGGGUAUUCUGGGGUUUUUUUUAGCAACAGGAGGCUUUUCCACCUAGUUGUUUCUAGAAUCUUAAGAAUGGUCUCAAGUCUAGAAGAGAUUUUCAAUAGUGAUUGGGUUCUUUUUAUCAAGACUUCUAGGAGCGAAUUCAUAUCUAGGAGAGAUUUUUAAGAGUGCAGUACUGCUGUUUGAGAAUCCUUCCUAGGUAAGAUAUCAUCCCAAGUACCACUGUUGAAAAGCUCUUCUAGGUACGAACUUAUUCCUAGAUUUCUUCAUGAAAUGCCGCCAGAGGCAGUAUUUAAUUUAAUUCUUACCCUUAUCAUUAGCUUUGCCUCGGUGAUUCCAUUCUGUAUGUCGGCCAGUUUUACAUUCCAACUAAAACACUCAAAUUCAACCCUUAAACUUAAGUAGGAUCUAAGUUGAUUAUUUAAUAUGGAAUAUAUUCCCAGGACUCCACGGUGAAUAUUUUUUUGUCAAUGUCAAAAUAAAAGAAAAGUAUUAAUAUGUGUGUGUUUUUUAAUGUGUGAAAAUAGAUUGUUUGAAAAUCAUUUAAGUAAGUGAGCACAAAAAUCUCAUUCGUGUGCUGUAGACAAUGUCUGAGACUUUUUAAUGAAACAAAUUGUUGUGCUAGUUUAUGUAAAUACCAUGACUGUGAAUGUUGCCUUUUUGUUAUAACUGAUAUAAAUAUACAUAUUAAACAUUAAUGAGGUACAUGUAGUGUUUAAGAAAAAAAUACCUAAUUGAUUUUGUUGAUUUACAAUAUUACGCCAAAAUGUGAUUUUUAGCACCUUUUUUAUUCAAUUUUUGAUAUGAUUAUAACACAUGUAGCCAUUUUAGUGUGGAUGUAUUUGUAGAGUGUUUUCUUAGGUUAAAUCGGCAUUAUUUGAAUAUGAUGUGACAAAGUUCUGUAUGAUAAUGAGACAAAGUUUUGUAUGAUAAAUAGGCAAGGGUUUGUAUAAUAAUAAAAUAAAGUUGUGAAUGGUAAUAAGGCAAAGUUCUGUAUGAUAUUAAGAAAAAGUUAUGUAUGAUAAUGUGUAAAAAAUAUGUGUGAUUAAAGUUAUGACUUUUGUUUUUAUUAAGUAUUGUUGAAAACAUUUAUAUGCUGAUAAAAAUCAUGUGCAAUGUCAAAACUUGAUCGUGAAACUAGUUAGUGCUAACAGAAUACUGUCUAAUGAAAUAGAUUUUAUACCAAAUUAAGGGUCAUAUCAUUUAAACAUACACCCCACCCCAGGAAGGCUCUUUCAGGUUUGACUGUCUCCAUUAAGAAGUUUGUUUCAGUUGUUUUCCCACAUAACAAGAUUCUCCCUCUAGAUAAUUAUUUUUCUAAAACAAAAACAAAGAGCAUCAGUCCAAACCUAAAGAAUUUCCUAAGUUUGCCUUCCUGGGAUGGGUUGUAUGCUUUAGUUCGAUUAUACAGGUCAUUAUGUAGUUCUCCAUGUUUUGUAAAACAUUUGUAUACACCUUCAUUUUUAUAAAUGCACGUUAUGUUUUGAACUUUAUAUACAAUUUGUUGAAAUGAACCACACUCUGAAGUUGAAAAUAAACCUACAUAUUUUUA